AUUUUAUUUCACUCACUUCAUUUCCUCCCGCAACAAUCUUGUAAAUUUAUUUGCUCAGUGUUUGGGUCGUGAUUUUGUCUCAAUUUCAAUUCGCUCUCGUAAAGAAUAGUUGUCUUGGUUUUAAAUUUAAAAUUGAUACAAUAUAUUUUGUGGGGAAAUUCAAUCAAAUCCUGUUACGAUUUUAAUCAUUAUACAAAUCACGAAAGUAACAGCCAAAGAGAAUGGAAGUUGCUGCUUAUUUAUUUUGACGUUAUGAAUUAUUUACAAAUGGUGCUGUUUGAAACGCAUUAGUGUUGAAGUUAUGUGUAUUUUUAUUAAUAAGAACUAACAUUUAAGUUGUGAAAAUGAGCACCGUUCAUUAUAACGGUGGGAAAGACGGUUUGAUCCAUGAAUGUGAUCAAAUUAUAUCAUUCAUAGAAAGGGGAUCCAGUGUGUUGAAAUUCUACCCUCGCAAGCGUCCCGAGAGGCGCUCCCUGUACCUCCGUCGGGAGACAAAUCAAGUGAUUUGGUUCCGAAGUGGAGCUCAGAGGCACUCCUAUGAAGGGGCCAUAGACAUAAGAGAAAUAAAGGAAGUAAGGGUGGGAAAGUCAUCCAAAGACUUUGAAAGAUGGCCAGAAGAAACCAAGAGACUGGAAAAUGCAAAAUGUUUCACCAUCUACUAUGGCUCCGAGUUCAAGAUGCGGUCGGUCUCCUUCGCCUUGGUGACCGACGAGGACGAAACCUUCGCGUGGGUGAAGGGCGUGCGGUUCCUCAUCGAAGAGGAAAAGAACGCGCCCUACCCGCUACAAAUCGAGAGAUGGCUUCGGAAAGAGUUUUAUGCUAUAGAAAACAACCAUAAAAAAGUGACACUGAAGGAAGUGAAGGCAUUUUUACCAAAAAUAAACUGCAAAAUAUCGACAAGUAAACUGAGAGAUUUCUUCCAAGAGGUAGACACCGGUACGAAGGGGGAAAUCGGCUUCGAUGAUUUCUCUACUCUGUACCACAAGCUCAUUUUUGACGAGAAUAACGUGCACGAUCUAUUCGACAAAUACGGGCAGUACUGUAGCAAUGGGACCACCAUUUCUCUGCGCGAGUUCCAAGCGUUUCUCCGGGACGAACAGAAUGAUCCCAUGGGACACGACGAGCGGCGCGCCUCCGAGUUCAUCAGAGACUACUUGAUGGACCCUCAGAGGAACAUCAUCGAGCCCUACUUCACUCUGAGCGAGUUCAUCGAGAUGCUGUUCUCCAAGCAGAACACGGUGUGGGACAGCCGCCACGAGCACGUCAACGAGGACCUGAUGAAGAGACCCCUCUCCCAUUACUGGAUAUCGUCCUCACAUAAUACGUAUCUGACCGGUGACCAGUUCUCCUCGGAGUCGUCUCUCGAAGCCUACGUGCGGUGCCUGCGCGCCGGCUGCCGCUGCAUCGAGUUGGACUGCUGGGACGGGCCCGACGGAUCGCCCUUCAUCUACCACGGCCACACGCUCACUACGAAGAUCAAGUUCAUGGAUGUGCUGAAGACGAUCAAGGAGCACGCGUUCGCCACGUCGGAUUACCCUCUGAUCCUGUCGAUCGAAGACAACUGUUCCCUGCCGCAACAACGCCGCAUGGCCAGCGCCUUCCAGGAAUACUUCGGAGACCUACUGCUGGUCACGCCGUACAAGGCCAACGAGACCGCACUGCCCUCCCCGUACGACCUCCGCCGCAAGAUCAUCCUCAAACACAAGAAGCUCCCCGAAGGCGUCGAAGACAACUCCUUCGCUAUCCAUAUGGAGGACGGAAAGGACCUGGACCUGAGGAACUCCAUUAAAAACGGCAUCCUCCGCCUCCAAGACCCGGUCGAGAAGGACUGGAACAAACACGUGUUUGUGCUGACGGAGAACAAGCUGUACUACACGGACUACAACACGCAGGGCGAGACGGACGGCGAGAGCGACGGCGAGCCGGAGCCCGAGGUCGCCAUGAGCGUGCCCCAGGAGGAACUCCACUUCGGAGAGUGCUGGUUCCACGGGAAGCUAGUCGGCAACAGGAAGGAGGCGGAAGACUUGAUCCGAGCGCACGCACACUUGGGCGAAGGGACCUUUCUGGUGCGCGAAAGCGUCACGUUCGUCGGCGACUAUUGUCUGUCGUUCUGGAGGAACGGCCAGGUGAACCAUUGCCGCAUCAAGGUGCAGAACGAGCGCGGCAUCACCAAGUACUGCCUGAUCAAGUCGGUGUGCUUCGACAGUCUGUACAGCCUCAUCACGCACUACCGCCAGCACUCGCUGCGCAGUCAGGAGUUCGAGACGCUGCUCACGGAGCCGGUGCCGCAGCCGAAGAAGCACGAGGAGAAGGAGUGGUACCACCGGCAGUGCUCGCGCGCUCAGGCCGAGGAGCUGCUGAGGAAGACCGGCACGGAAGUCGCCUUCCUGGUGCGGCCCAGUGAGAAGGACGCGGGCUCUUAUGCCAUCAGCUUCAGGACGGGUCGCGAGAUCAAGCACUGCCGCAUCAAGCUGGAGGGCCGUCUCUACACCAUCGGCACCAUCAAGUUCGAGAGCCUGGUCGAGCUGGUGGCCUACUAUGAGAAACACCCGCUCUACAAGAAGGUCAAGCUACAGAACCCCAUCAGCGAGCACCACAUCCACAGCAUCAUUGCGGAACCGGAUGACACUUCGAUGUAUGGCACAGCUGGGUACAUGGAUCCUUCGUCGUUUUCAUCAAGGAUCACAGUGGAAGCUUUGUACGACUACAGAGCUCAGCAGCCUGAUGAGUUGACAUUUGUCAAACACGCCAUUAUACGCAACGUGGUAAAAGAUCACGAGGAUUGGUGGCGCGGAGACUAUGGCUUCCAGAUGCAGAAAUGGUUCCCAGCCAAUCAUGUGCGCGAGAUUCAGGGCGUGAUAGACAGCGAGAACGCGGCGGCGGCGAUGGGCACGCAGCAGAAGGGCGUGGUGGACCUGUACGACGCGGGCGUGGAGCUGGCCGUGGGCGAGCAGGGCUCGGCCGCGCCGCAGUGGCUCAUCCGCAUCAAGAGCCCCUCCGCCUGCGCGCCCUUCGAGAUGGAGGCCCCCACCAGGGAAAUCGCCCUCGAGUGGUUCACCGCCAUCAAGGAAGCCGCCCAAACCGCCAGCGCACGCUCCCUCCAACACAAGAAAAUGGAACGCACCUGGCGCAUAGCCAAAGAAAUGUCCAACCUGAUAGUCUACUGCCGCUCCGUCGCUUUCAACCAGGACCGCAUACGCAGCAAGAACUUCAUCUUCAACGAGAUGUCCUCGUUCCCGGAAACGAAGGCCGAGCGCCUCAUGUGCCAGACCGAGACGCAGCUGUUCCUGAAGUACCACACGAUCCAGCUGUCCCGCAUUUACCCGAAAGGGCAGAGGAUCGACUCGUCGAAUUACAACCCGGUCCCGUUCUGGAACGCCGGCUCGCAGAUGGUGGCGCUGAACUAUCAGACGCCGGACAAGCCGAUGCAAGUGAACUAUGGCAAGUUCAAGGAGAAUGGCAACUGCGGAUACAUUCUGAAGCCGGAUUUCAUGUUCGACGAGGGGUACUCGACCACUGACAGGCGCUGUAUCGAGAAGAAGGUGCGUCCAGUGACGCUGAAGCUACGCGUCAUCGGCGCGCGCCACCUGUGCAAGUCGGGCCGCGGCACCGCCAACCCCUUCGUGGAGGUCGAGCUCAUCGGCGCCGACUACGACGCCGGCGUCAAACUCGUCACCAAGACUGUUGGCGACAACGGCAUAAACCGCGUGUGGAACGAGAUAUGCGAGUUCGAGGUGGCCAAUCCGGAGCUGGCUCUCAUCAGGUUCCUCGUGCAGGACGAGGACAUGUUCGGGGACCCCAACUUCAUUGGGCAAGCGACAUACCCGCUGAAGUGCCUUCGCACUGGGUACCGCAGCGUCAUCCUCACUAACGGCUAUUCUGAGGAGCUGGAGCUCUCCUCUCUACUGAUCCAUCUGGCUAUCUUGCACCAUUAGAUUGAAGUCGAGAAGUCAAUCAAUCUAAUGAUAGAUUGAUGUCGAGGAGUUGGAUUUUUGGAGUGAACGUACCGUGGUUCUAGCAGAAUCAUACAAGGAUUUCUAGAUUUGUGUAUGGCUGGUUUUCGUUGGCUUCCAACUUAGUAACAUUGAGUUUGAGGAGAAUAAAACAGCUAUGUACAAACGUUUAUUAGUGGUUCAAUAAGUAAACUUUAAAAAACUUUUUUACUUAAAUUAUAAAGAAGUGAAAUCAGAGUGCUAACUAAAACAAAAACAAAAAACAAUUGUGUUGGUGAAAACCUCUAUAACAUGGUGCUUAGUGUGGGUUGAAAUAAGUAAAUAAAAUGGGAAUCAAUGUUUUUAUACAUGAACGGGGUAAGACCCUAAUUUAUCGGGGCCUUAUAAACUAUUUAAAGGUUUUGUUUGGACGUUACAUGAAGUGAAAUGACUUAGAUAAGUAGUGUUGUUUGUUGUUGGACCGAGCAAGAGAAAAUUUUAACUGCUGGAAGACUAUAUUUCGUAAUUGACUUCUUUAUUGUUAAAAACCGUGCCCCGGAUUUUCAGCACGAUAAAGAGGAUUGUAACUCUCUUAUAAAAUUAUAGGUUAUUCCGAGAAUACACCCGAGAAUUUACUCUUCCUUGAUAAAUUCGUUUUUUACGAACUCAUGGUCAUACGUUUCUCAUAAUCCACUAGGGUGAAUUUUGAAGUGAGCAUAGAUAAAGAUUCCUAUUAUUAUUAGGAAUAUUUAUUUCUAUUAUUACCUAGUUAGGGUAAAUUCUCGGACACACGGGGUAACAGAGCGGUAUAAACGACCGAUUCGGUAGGCGAUAUGUCAGCGAUAUCCCUUUUGGGUCUGAAUAGUUUUUAUUAUUUAUUUGUGUAUCAAUUGUAUCCUAGUUUAUUUACAUCUGGCACUAGGUCAGGCUGUUGGUAGCUAAAUAUACCUAGGGUGUGCUUUUAUUAUAUUAGUAGUAAGUGUAAUUGUAAUUACUUAUAAGUUAUCUGUUCUCUUGUUAUAUAAACUGACAGUAGGUAGUUAAAGUUGGGUAAACGAUAUUUCUAAACUGUUAUUAGUAGUUAUUAAUUAGUAAGUGAAUAAUUGAAAAAUAAUGAACUAAUUUAAAGGUGCUCGAGUUUUACGAUUGUUGGCAAUGUAGGCAUAUGCUUUGCAAUUUAAGACAAAAUUUUACUGACGUAGAAUGUUCACAGGCUAGUUUUGCGCUCACUCUACGCAAUUCACAAACUAAGCACAAUGGAAGUAAUAAGUGGUGUACGUAAAAAGUUCUUAUUACUUCCAUACUGGGAACACAUAAAACAUUUAUUUUGCUCUUACAAUGGCAGCUAAAUAUUGGCUAUUUAUAUUGUGCCAAAGUGUUGGUUAGUUUUAGGAAAUGGUGCAUGAUGCAUUGACAUAAUAGUAUAAUUAUAUUACUGCAUCAUGACAGAUGUUAAUAUUGUUAAUAAAGAAAAUGCAUUUCUUAUUAUUCUAAUAAUUAUUAAUAAUGUUAUUUAGGGAUAGUAGUGUUCUGUAAAAGGGUGUAAAGAAAGUUUUCUCUUUGAUAAUUGAUUAUUAAACUUUUUGGUAGGUUUUAUAUUUGUUUUAUAAUUAUCAUAUUUACUUAAACUUAAUGUUGCUAAAUAAAAUUUUAUAUGCUUAACGUUACGGAGCUCCGUUACAAGGUUUGUGCCUACACUCUUAUUUGGAGGAAAAAACAACAAAAAAGGUGUCUAUGACAUAUACUAUCUUGUCUAUGGCCCCGGGUAUUUUUGACGUUUGCCGGUAAUCUAUGACCGAAUUUUUCGCAUGUUUGUUUUUCGCUAUGGCUAGUGAAUUUGCUGUGUAAAAAAAUUCAUUGAAUCAUGGGCUAAAUUCAGUCCAGUGAUUCAGACAGAUUUUUGUUUGAGUACGUAUCUUUCACACCUUUUUUAAGUUUCAAACGUUUUGAGGUAUUUUGUCUGAAAUAGGAGUAAUUCUCGUCAGGGCCUUCCAUGUUAUCUUUGAUUAUAAUGGUCGAAGCAUGUUAUACAUGUUAUUCUAAAUGCUGCAAAUUUCCAAAUAUACUAUCUAACAGGGCGUUUUUUAAAAUUGGGCUCAAUGUUAUGCGUUCUAUAACGCAUACAUCUGCCUUAUAUAUAAUUAGUUUAAUAAUGAUCUGAUGAGCUAUGCAUAUUAUACAAUGAGCAUAAUAUUUAUCUAAGUAUUGUUAAUUUGUAACUCUUGUCAAAAAAUGCUUUUAUUACUUUUAUUGUUUUUUUAUCAUUUAAGUAUAUUAUUCAUGUGACUUUUACUAUUUGCCACGAAUGUGAAAUAAAGUAUUAAAACUAUUUCGUUCAUAUGUGGUUAUUCGAAUUAGGUAGGUACGGUCCGCUUCAAAGUAGCUAUUUACUUUUGUACCUUGUUAAACUAGACCUACCUGAUAAUGUCUUCCAGGAAAGAGUCCGUAAUGUAACUUUUACUGUAUAAACUAAAAAUUUACGCAACUUGUUCUAAAAUAUAUAGUAGACUUAUGUUAUCUUUAAAAUCCCUGAAUAGAAUAUGAUGGUACUUUAUGUAGGUACCUAUAGAUUAAGUCAUAAUCAGUCAUAAUUCAUAAUGGCUUUACGGCUAUAAUAUACAAAACUAAAAUAUAAACCUGCAAUUACCUUAGUUUCUAAUACAGAUAUAUUAUAAUUAUAUCUACUUAUAAUGCAAAGAUGCUAUAUAAUCUAUUAGGUUAAGAAUGGAAAUGAAAUAUAUAAAAUUGCAAAAAUGUGAA